GCCAGAGGCUGGUGCUCGUGGAGGGACGGAGUAGCGAAGCGCUGUGCCCUUGUUUUCAAUGCGCUCGUCGGGCGGAAUAAAGGAUAAUCGGGCCUGGGGACUGCGGGGCCUGGCAAGCCGGCUCGGUUGCCCGAUGGGGCAGAAAGAACUUGCAAUUGUAAUGGCGGGGGGUUCAUAUGGCGUAGGGGAUCAUCACCGCGCUCGUUGUCUCCUCCCUUGGACGAGUUAUCACGACGAGCAGGUCGGGUAGCGUUUGUAGAGUGCACGCCCGCAGCAGCCUGCGCCCGACAAUUACUUCGACCACUUGACUUCUUUGUUGCCAUCAACCAUCGACGCCACCCCGCCGAGCAGCUCAUAAAAUAUCCCACGCACACUUCCUAUCCUCCUUCAUCUUCGUCCCGCGGAGCCCAGGAACUCUGGACGGACAUGGCGAUCCCUCUAUCUUUCCUGCACCAGGGCGUCCUCCCAGCGCCAGGACAGUCCCUCGGCGACGCCUUAGCCGACAGCAUAACCAACGCAGGCACGGUCAAUACUCUCCUCGACUGCCUCUGUGCGACCCACGAACCAGCCAUCUUCUCCCCGAAUGUCGACAGACAGCCGCUCCUUCACGAUACCCUACGCUCCUUUGUUUACCACUUCGCCCUCCCCCAUUCGCCACAUCGCGCCCCGCUCGGCCCCAACGACCGCGUUGUCAUCGCCCUCCCCACCGGCCCCGAGAACGCCCUUGCCCUCGUCUCGCUUGCCGCCUACCACACAUGCGCGCCCGUCAACGCGAGCUGCACCGCGCAGGAGCUCUUCGAUGAUGCAGAGCGCCUGAACGCCCGCGCCAUCGUCACUGCCCCCGGCUUCGAGGACCGUCUGGACCUCCGACGAGCCCAACAGAAGCUCAACUGUGAUGUCGUUCUCAUCCACGCCCGCCCAGAUGGCCCGACAGGCCUAUUCGACAUGACCCUCCUCGACACACCGAACUCGGUGCACCCACAGCUGCCGAGCCGCCCCCACGGGCUCGAUGAUCGGUCGCUUGUUCUCCAUACUUCGGGUACUAGCGGCAAGAAGAAAGUCGUCCCGUACACGCUUCGGUCCCUCAUCGUCGGCACCUGCGCUGUCGUCCAAUCAUGGGCCCUGCGACCGAGCGACAUCAACAUGAACAUGAUGCCUCUCUUCCACGUUGGCGGCAUCGUCCGCAACCUGCUCGCACCACUCCUUAGCGGCGGCAGCGCAAUCAUGUGCGCCGGCUUUGACGCCAUCGCGUUCUGGCGCCUGGCCAUUGACCUCAAAGCGACCUGGUAUUACGCGGCGCCGACUAUUCACCACGCCAUCCUCACUUCGCGCCCGGAGGACGUCGACCCCGCUCGCGAUACCCAUAUCCGCAUGAUAUGUAACGCUGCGGGCGGUCUGCUUCCCAGUCUGGCCGUAGAGCUGAAGCGCUACUUCCCCGGUGCAGUUGUGUUGCCAUCAUAUGGCAUGACAGAAUGUAUGCCGAUCUCCACGCCCCCGGUCACUUAUCAGCUCGAGCGGCCCGGCUGCUCUGGUAUCGCGUGUGGCCCGUACUUGUCGAUCCGCGACCCGAGCAACCUUGAGCGCGAGCUGCCUGCUCAGGCGACCGGUGCCGUUUGUGUUCGAGGCUUGCCGACCUUCCAGGGUUACGAGGUGGACUCCGACCAAAGCGUACCUCUAGAUACCUCCGCCUUCACCUCGGAAGGAUGGUUCGACUCUGGCGAUUGCGGCUACAUGGACGAGGAUGGUUACUUGUACAUCACUGGUCGGUCGAAGGAGAUCAUCAACAAGGGUGGCGAGGUCAUCUCGCCGUUUGAGGUUGAGGAGGCUAUCAUGACAGCGGCGAAGGACUGCGUCAAGACGACGCUCGCCUUCGCUGUCGAGCACGACGUUUUGCAGGAAGCUAUUGGUGUGGUCAUCGUGCCGCAACCAGACACGCCACGAAUCGGUUUGUCGCAACUGCACAAUGCUCUCAAGCCGCACUUGCACCCGUCGAAAUGGCCCUUCCUGAUCGUCUACAUGAACGACUUACCGAAGAACAACGCUGGAAAGCCGCUACGCAUCAAGCUAGCCCAGCGAUUGAACCUCGGUCGUCUAUCAGACUCUGUACCAUACCUCCGCAGACACUACGAAGCCAUCGCGCCUCCGAGCUCGGCUCCGCUCUCCCAGCCCAUCCCCUCCUCGCUAUGCACAGUCGACGAGCGCGACAUCUACGACGCGCUCGCGAAGUGCCGCGGCAUCUCUGAGAUCGCUGUUCGCAUGCGCGGCGAGGCCGCGCCCGACGUGUACAUCAACGCCGGCCCCGGCGUCACCGCGGCCGACAUCAAGGCUCGCCUCACGCCGGUGCUGCACGGGUACGCGCUUCCGGAGAACGUGCACGUCCUCGACCAGCCGCUGCCGCGGCACUCGCCGUCCUCGUUCGACUACGAGAAGAUGGACGCGGUGAUCUCGCAGCGGAACGCGUCGGCGAUGAGCCACCAGGAACUCGAGGUGCGCGACAUCAUCGCGCGGCUGCUCGAUAUCGACCCGGGCACGGUCACGGCGGACUCGGACUUCUUCCUGCUCGGUGGCAACUCCCUGCUGCUCGGCAAGCUCUCGCACCAGAUCCGCAAGCAGACUGGUGUGAGUGUGGGCAUCUCGGAGUUGUUCACGAACAGCACUGUUCGCGGUAUUGCGCGUCUCGUCGAUGCGGAGUUCGUGCACGUCGACAAGGGCGGGCACUACAGCUUCGACGUGGAGAAGGGCGACUCGACCUAUGCGGAGUCUUCAACGACCUUGGUGCAGCACAUCGACGGGUCUGGGAACGUCAGCGCGAGCAAGUCUUUGGGGCAAAACCACCCCAUUUCCUUGAUUGUGCAGAUUAUUCCCUUGCUGUUCCUGUACCCUAUCAGGAGUUGCUUGACAUGGACCAUCAUGGUGUUCUCGCUCUCGUAUCUUGUGCCGCUCAUCGAGCAGAGCUACUGGGAGCGUGUGCCCGUCCUUCUGUGCUCCAUCGCCAUCGCACGGUUGGUGGUACGUAUCGUCUGCCCUAUUGGCGCCAUCGUCUUCAAAUGGGUAGUGAUUGGGCGCUACCGGCCUGGAACGUACAAGAUGUGGUCUGUUUACCAUCUGCGCUGGUGGAUAGUCGACCAUACCUUGAGGGCGGCUGGCAAGGGUAUCUUCGCGCUCAACCCGGCGAUGGAGAAGGUCUACUAUCGCCUGCUCGGAGCGAAGAUUGGCAGCAAUGUGCAGAUCGACGCCCGGGCGCGGUUAGCGGAGUAUGACCUGCUCCACAUCCACGACGACGUCAAGAUUGACUCCGCGCUCAUCCGCGGCUUCUGUGUUGAGCGCGAUGGCUUCUUCCGCCUCGGGCGUAUCAUCCUGGGCCGUGGUGCGGUCAUCAACACCUACACCCAGGUGUCCCCCAGCACGGUCAUCCCCGAUGGCACUGUCCUUGGUCCGCACGCUUCGUCACACGAGUCCGCAUCGCAGGAGGCAUACGCUGGCUACAACCGCAACGCGCUCGGGAAGCCGCACUUCCUGCUUCAGCUGCUCGUUGGCUGGCCCAUUGUGGCAGUCGUCAAGUUCGCUGCGUUCGUCCCGUGGUUCUGCAUGCUCUACUUGAUGUUCGAGUACACGGUCGUGCUGCGGGAGGGCAUGAACCCGCUCCAGUCAGUCAUCUACUGGUUCGCGGAGCCCCGCCGUAUCGUGUUCCAUGUGGUCGCCCGUGUCGUGCGGGCGGUCUGCACUCCGCUGCUGUCGCUCUUCCUGGGUAUCAUCGUCAAGCGCAUCAUGGGCCUCCAGCGCCCCGGCGAUGCCAAGCAGUACUCGGAAUACCAGCGUCUCCGGCGGUGGAUCAACGACAAGUUGGUCGGCCAGGGUGCGAUCAAGAAGGCGACAGCUGUCUUGGGCACGCAUUACCAGACCGUCUCGAUUAUCUUCCGGAUGUUGGGCGCUAAGGUCGGUGACCGCGUCUAUUGGCCUGGUUCGAGCGUCUACUGCCCCGACCCCGAACUGCUCGAGAUUGGCAAUGACGUCGUCUUCGGCUCUCGGUCUGAGUUCUUUACCUCGGACCAGUACGGGUCAGGAAAGAUUGUUAUUGAGGACGGAGCUAUGAUUGCCGAUCGUGUCGUGCUUCUUCCCGAUACGAGGGUGGGCAGGCAGGCCGUCAUGGGCUCCGGUGCUCUUGGCCGCCGUGGCGGGCAUUACGAGGAGGGUUCGACCUGGAUGGGCAAUGCCAAUGGCGAGGCUAUCUGCUUCAACAAGGGCAAGCCCAGCUCCGGCGACACGAUUACACCGUUCGGCCGCGCGUACUACAAGCGCCAGGCGCCUUACUUCGUGUUCCCCUACCUCAUGAUCCUCAGCAUCAACGUCUUCAUCAUGUCGCUCUCCGCCGCGUACUGGGCCAUGCCCGCCGUCUGUGCCGCGCAGGUCCUCAAGUACGUCAACAUCCAUCUCGACGACUACCACUUGUUGCACUACUUCCAACACAACUGGUAUGACAUCGGCCCGAUCCUCGGCUUGAACGCGAUGACCUUCGUCGUGUUGCUCUGCAUCAUGAACAUCGUCGCCAUCUUGUACUUCAUCACGAUGAAGUGGAUCAUCAUCGGCCGUCGUCGGGAGGGUAGCUACAACUGGGACAAGAGCAACUACUGCCAGCGGUGGCAGCUGCACUUGUCGGUGUCGCGGUUGAUGUUCAUGGGGUACUUCGGUACUUUGGGUCCGCUCAACGGUUCGGCCUACAUCGUCUGGGUCUACCGUGCGCUCGGCGCGACUAUUGGCAAGGAUUGCUCGAUCUUCGCUGGUGGUCGUACCGGUCUUAUGACUGAGCCUGAUCUUGUCACGCUCGGCGAUAAUGUCAGCUUGGACGACUGUUCCGUGGUCGCCCACAUCAACUCGAGAGGCCAGUUCUCACUGAACAAGCUCAACAUCGGCGAUGGGGCAGCAAUGCGCGCGGGUUCGCGUCUGCUCUCCGGCGCCUCGAUGGAGGAGAACAGCAUGUUGUGUGAACACACGCUGCUCACCUCUGGAGAGAUUGCCGAAGCAGGCGGCGUGUACGUCGGCUGGCCAGGCAAGCGCCGUCGCGAAGAGCGCCGCCGCCGCGACACCAACCCGUCGACGCCGGGAACGUGGUCGCCCACCAACACCGCCGUGCCGUUAACACCAACUGGCAUGCCGUUGUUAGGCCAGGGCUCUGGCUACUUCCCCUCGCGCUCGCCCACGAUGUCCGACAUGACCAUGACUCGUCCAAGCUCCCUCACGAUCACGCGGCCAAGCUCGCUACGGUCGUCCUCGCUGGCCUUGAAGCCAUAG